UCCAGCACGAGGUUGGAGCGCACGCGUCGUGACGAAAGUGCUGUCGGUCUAAAGCGGAACGUUCACAUGCGAAUCAGUCCUGUUCUUCCAGUAGAAAUAACUAACGUUACCUGUAGCUGUAGAACCGAGUGCUCGGAUUUGGAUAGUUAAUCUAGUUAAUGAUUAACCGAGUUUACCGGCGGAUGUUGCUGUGUUGUUGACGCUGUUUCUGUGUGAAGUGGAGGAUCUGUGCUGAGGAAACAUGUCUUGAUCUGUUGUUGUUCUGCUGCUAUUGGAAACUUACAGUCCGCCAUAGAACUACUGAGACAUUCAGCAGCUCUCAGACGAAGACUCACCAGAGAGCCCCCCGGGUUCUGUUCCGGUUCUGCCAUCCAGCUAACAUGAGGCUGGCAGGGCCGCUGCGUGCUGUCGCCGCCGUGCUUGUGGUGGGCCUGACCUGGCUCCUGGCUAGUUCUUUACUCGGAGGAGAUGGCAGCUCUGUAAUGAAGUCGUUCUUUAGCGGUGAGACUCUUGACGUUUCAGGUGGAGAGGAGGAGACCACUCCAGAACCGAGACCACGCAAGUAUAAGUGUGGGCUUUCUGCUCCCUGCCCCCCGAAACACCUAGCGUUCCGCCUCGUCUCUGGAGCUGCCAACGUCAUCGGCCCCAAAAUCUGUCUAGAGGAUAAAAUACUCAUCAGCAGUGUGAAGAACAAUGUUGGGAGAGGACUCAACAUUGCCUUAGUAAAUGGCGUCUCUGGGGAGCUUUUAGAAACAAGAGCGUUUGACAUGUGGGCAGGAGAUGUGUCCGACCUGCUGAAGUUCCUCAGGCCUCUCCAUGAGGGAACCCUGGUGUUUGUGGCUUCCUUUGACGACGCUGCAACAAAGUUAAACGAAGAAGCGCGGCGACUGUUCGAGGAGCUGGGCAGCACAGCAGUGAAGGAGCUGGCCUUCAGGGACAGCUGGGUGUUUGUGGGAGCCAGAGGAAUCGACAGCAAAAGCCCAUUCGAACAGCGAAUGAAGAACAGCAAAACUAGCAAUAAGUAUGAGGGCUGGCCUGAGUCGUUGGAGAUGGACGGCUGUAUCCCGCUGCGUUCUCCGCUAGAAAGCUAGUCCCUCCCUGAUCCUGAGCCUGAGAUCAACCAGAAUAUAGAAACUGACAACCAUCACCCUGGAGGAGCUUCACUAAUGACCAAAGUAAUUCUGUUAGUUGCACUGAACUUUUGGAUUACGCAACUAUUCUAGAAUUUUUUGACUGAAUGUUUUUUUUUUUUUUUGGCAGGAUUUCAAUUUUCCGUAAAGAAGGUUUAAUGUGCUCUGAUAAAAAUGGACCUUUUGAAAUCUAAACACAAAGGAUUUUAGCACUGCCAUUGAUUUUCUGAAGACUAAUAGUUUCUGUGUGUAAAGCCCUAUUAGGAUGGGAUUAGUUUUACUUGUGGGGAGGUGGGUAAUGUAAUUAUUACUCAGUGUUAGUGUCACUUCCACAUCUCUAAAAAAUUCUGCCGCCUUUUACAUUCUGUACAUCAAGCCUUAUAUAUAUCUUGGUACCACUUUAAAAUAAGACUACAUUUAAAAAGGGUUUAUAAAUGGUUUACAAUUAGUUUAUUAAUGGUUACUAAUUAGGUUGUGAAUGCAUUAAAAAUCAUUAAUAAUCAGAUAUAACACAUACGUAGGCUGUGGUUUCACAGGUCAUUGUUGCCCUUUCUAUGUACUAUGUAUUAAUGAUUUUUAAGGCAUUUACAACCUAAUUAGGAACCAGUAAUAAAAUAAUUGUAAACCAUUUAUAAACCCUUUAUAAAGAUAGUCUUAUUUUAAAGUCGUACCUAUAUCUAAACCAAUCUAUGGCAGGGAGUUGAGAUUCACAGCUACCUACAGCCAAUGGGAUUGCAUAGAGAUAAAACCACCAACCAUGUCCAACCAAUGUAUCCUAUUCCUGAGCCAGAUCCAACUUCUGGAGAACUUGCCCACUUCCUGUUUACCUCUACAAUAUUAGAAAAUGACUACUCUAUCAAUUAACCUAAAUCCAACUAAAACAGCUAAAAACUCUAAUUAAAAAUAGCAACUAACUACUACUAAUUUUAAAAAGUAUAAUAAAGUUUUUCACUAAAAGAGCAAAGAAGACUUACCUGUAUAUUUCCAUUUUUAGGCAGUAAAGGAGCUAGCAUGCUAACAUAAGCUGAUUGACGGGUUGCCAGAGCAUUAGGUUUAAAAGACUUAAAACUGGAGUUUAAAAGCUUUAUAAAUUAUAUCUGUGCUUCUAAAACAUUUGAUAUUGUUCCGUUUUGAUAAAAUGAGAACAUAUUUUAGUAGAAAAAUGAUCAGACAUGUAUAAACUAAGAUUUUGUGCAAUUGCUCCAUAUAAAACUAUUAAUUUUGGGCUCACUUUAAGUGGUUAUUCUCCGUUCUAGAGAUUUUCUGCUCAUGUAGUGUGAAAGCCAGAACAAUUGAAAGUUUAAAAGCUUUAAAAAUAAUAUAUGUGCUUCUAAAACGUUUGAUAAAGUUCCGUUUUGAUAAAAUGAGAACAAAAUAUAUAUAUAUAGAAAAAGAAUUAGACAUUUAUAAACUAAAAUUUUGCUCAUUUGUUAUAAAUGAACCCAUUCAUUUUGGGCUCACUUCAAGUGGUUAUUCUCCUCUUUAGAGAUUGUCUGCUCUGGAUUAUGGCACAACUUCACAAACUUCUCAAAAAGUUGUGUAGUGUGAUCCAAGCAUUCUGAACACAUAGCUGCUAAUUUUCAAACUAAUGUUAUAUUAUUACAAAGUGUGUUGCAGGAUUAAUUACAAUCGCUUUUUUUUUUUUUAUUCGUUUGUUUUUUGGAGGCGAUAGCAGUGCUUAAAUCGAGUAGCCGCUCCCAUUUCUGCAAUUUGUGCUGUUUUUUUUUUUUUUUUAAAUCCUAAAUGCAUUAUUGCAUCAAUUCUCCUCACCAGGUAAAACAAUCCCAUCCAAAAAAAGGGCUGAAGGUUGAGUAACAUAAAAGGCAAAGGGAAACUAAAACUAUGUAUGGUGGUAUGUGUGUGUGUGAGUGAGUAUGGUGGAAAGUGUACAGGUGUGAUUUCAUGAAGGACACUAGAGGUUAUGCUAAAUAUAUAUACAGGAAGUGAUGAUACACAAACAAGGCAUAACACUAAGGUGUCAGUCUGUCAGGGGUGAAGUGCAGAUAUAUUUUAUUCUUUAUUAUAUUAGUCCUUUUGUCAUAUUUUUAAUGUUUUAUUGUAUGAAGUCUGAUUUUAUUUAAUGGGUAAUGGAUCCGUGCCUCCAUUAGCUCACUACUCUUGUGUAUAUUCCAAACUACACUAGCCUGCUCACAUUCUAGAGCUCUGCUGUUUGAGUGAAACUGGUGCUAUGCAAUGAUUGUGUGUGUUUUGCUGUGUCCUCUGAUGAAAGCUUUUAGUGUUACAGCUAAUGCUGCAAGAAUGUACCUUAACCUCCACCUUUAACAUGUGGCACAUAAUUAGUCUUAAUGUCAUGCAGACAUGACAGUGAUGUGAGUGUUUGAAACACCGAGAUUAUGUUUCUUUCUUUAUUUUUAUUUUUUUUAGCUUUGUGGAUAUAAUAUACAGCUCUGGAAAAAAAAUUAAGAGAACACUUCAGUUUUUGAAUCAAUUUCUCUGAUUUUCUAUUUAUAGGUUUAUGUUUGAGUAAAAUAAAUAUUGUUGUUUUAUUCUAUAAACUAAAGACAACAUUUCUCCCAAAUUCCAAAUAAAAAUUUAAAAUUGUCAUUUAGAGCAUUAAUUAGCAAAAAUAUUCAUAUUCAUAAAAGUUCAGAAAUCAAUAUUUGGUGGAAUAACCCUGGUUCUUAAUCACAAUUUUCAUGCAUUUCUUGGCAUCAUGUUCUCCUCCACCAGUCUUACACACUGCUUUUGGAUAACUUUAUGCUGCUUUACUCCUGGUGCAAAAAAUCAAGCAGUUCAGUUUGGUGGUUUGAUGGUUUGUGAUCAUCCAUCUUCCUCUUGAUUAUAUUCCAGAGGUUUUUAAUUUGGUAAAAUCAAAGAAACUCAUCAUUUUUAAGUGUUCUCUUAAUUUUUUUUCCAGAGCUGUAGAUAUCAUCUCUGUCCAAAAAACAAGUAUAUUCGUUUUUGUUGAUUUUUUGUUUACUACAUAAUUUGAACACACAACCUGUUCCUUAUACUGUGUGAAUUUAUUUUAUUUGUUUUUAAAUAAAUGGACCAAUAUAAUAAGCUGAAAUAUUGCUAUAUUUUAUUUUCUUUCUAUGAAGUUGCUGUUAAUGAGAUAACUGUUUUUUUUUCAAUGGACAGUGAUGAUAUGAUGUAUAGUACCAGUCAAAGGUUUGGACACAUUUUAAAUUCAGUGGUUUUUCAUUAUUUAAAAAAAAUGUCCUGCAUUGUAGAUUAAAAUACUAAAGUCAUCAAAGCUAUUAAUAAAAACAUAUGGAAUUAUUUAGUAUACGUGUUAAACGAAGUAGAAUAUGUUUUAUAUUUAAGAUUCUUCUAGGUUUUUAAGCAUCUCUUGCUUAGAUUAAACAGUUCUGCACAUCUCUGCUGGAUUUUCUCAGUCAGUUUUAUACAGGUAGAAUCACCUGGAAUACAGGCUUUCAGUUAACAGCUGUGCUGAACUCAUCUGAAUAAAGUGUUUGAGAGCAUCAGUUAAAGUAAAGUAGUGAAGAGGUAGAGUUACAGGUAUACAGUGAAUAGUGAAUAUUUAAAUAUAAUGGUCUAAUCCAAAAUUAUGAGAAGCAACAACUACUCAACUAAAUAACGAAGAAAAAUUACUUUAAUAAUUUAAGGGCAGUCAAUCCUAAACAUUUUAGGAACUUUUAGGAAUUAUCCUCAAGUGCAGGUAUAAAGAAACUUACAAUUAUGAUGAAACUGGCACUCACCAGGCAAGGAAAAACAAGAGUUCCCAAGAGUUACCAGACUCAGAAACCACAAGUUAACAGCUCCCCAGAUAAGAGCACCUAAAUGCUUCACAUUUACUAUAGUAUUUUAGUUUAACACUUCUAAGUUACUACAUGAUUCCUUAUGUGUUCCUUUAUAGUCUGGAUGAUUGAAUGAGAAGGUGUGUCCAAACUUUUGACUGGUACUGUAUAUUUUACUAAUCUGAGGAAGGCGAAUGGUUGCUGUUAAGGUUAAAGCUGAAUAUUUGUAAUAAUAAAAUAUAAAGAUACCACA